GGUCAUUUUGCAGCCAUUGAAUUCAUUCAUUAUCCACGUUCUGUACAAUUCUGUAACCAGUCUCUUCAAGAAAGUUUAGAUUUUGGUGAAAACUACGACGAGAUAUUUAAUUGGCGCUGCGAACAGGAUAGCCAAGCCUUUGAAGAUUCCAUCAAGAGGCCUGACUUUGGGUGACCCACUUUUACAAAAAUCAGCAAGAUUCAUUAGGGUCCUCGCCUAUUCGUCCGCCAACUUGCUAAGAAGGUAAAAAGUCUCUACUUUUUCUACGUUGACUAUCCGAAUCCUGAGUGUGGCCGGUAAGACCACGCAACGUCGUAGAAACCCCUGAAAACAAGUUGAAGAAGUUAUAGAAUCGAACGAGUGAUGAAUCCCUGGGCAAACCUUCUGAUGUUCCUGCCUUUCGCACUUUCUAUAUGCGAGGAAGAAGAUAAUUCCAUAAUGCAAUCCAAAUACAAAGAACAAACUAGUAGAUCAUGUUCGCAAACGCUGUUCAAGUCUCAUUUUACUACACCACAGAGAAACCAACAAGUUUUUCGUCCCCAAUUUAAUAACAAUUUCAGGCCAAGACAACCAUUCCAAUUCAAUCCAUUUAACAGAUAUUCAGGACAAUCUCAGAAUCAAUUUCGAACUAAUAACCAUUUUAGACCAUUUAAUCCAAAUACUCAAUAUCGAGUGCAAAAUAAUUUCCAAAUACCUAGAAAUAAUUCUAACCAAUCAACACCGAUACUCUUCACGACGACCGAAACAUAA